CGGGGCGCUGUGCGCAGGCGCGGCCCUUCCCGGCGGGCUCAGCGCCGGCUCAUGGCGGCGGCGGCGCCGGGACGGUUUUAAAUUGAAGAGAAAAUGUCACUUUACGAUGACUUGGGGGUUGAGACCAGCGAUUCCAAAACAGAAGGCUGGUCCAAGAAUUUCAAACUGCUGCAGUCUCAGCUGCAGGUGAAGAAAGCAGCUCUCACACAAGCAAAGAGUCAGAGAACAAAACAAACCACAGUCCUCGCUCCAGUGAUUGACCUGAAACGAGGCAGCUCCUCUGAUGAGAGACAGAUCGUGGACACUCCCCCUCACGUGGCAGCUGGGCUGAAGGAUCCUGUCCCCAGUGGUUUUUCUGCAGGAGAUGUGUUGAUUCCCCUGGCAGAUGAGUAUGAUCCCAUGUUCCCAAAUGACUACGAGAAGGUGGUGAAACGUCAGAGGGAGGAGCGGCAGCGGCAGCGGGAGCUGGAGAGGCAGAAGGAGAUUGAGGAGAGAGAAAAAAGGCGUAAGGACAGACAUGAAGCCAGUGGCUUUUCGAGACGACCAGACCCAGAUUCUGAUGAAGAUGAAGAUUAUGAAAGGGAGAGACGGAAAAGAAGUAUGGGAGGAGCUGCCAUUGCACCACCCACUUCUCUCGUGGAGAAAGACAAAGAACCUGUAGCAUCAUUCCCAUAUGAGGAGGAGUCAAGACCUCGGGCACCUUCUUCCAAAGCAGCAAUUCCUCCCCCAGUGUACGAUGAGCCAGAGAGACCUCGUUCCCCCACAGGACCCAGCAACUCCUUCCUUGCCAACAUGGGGGGGACAGUUGCUCACAAAAUCAUGCAGAAAUAUGGUUUCAGAGAGGGCCAGGGGCUGGGCAAACAUGAACAGGGGCUCAGCACAGCACUGUCAGUAGAGAAAACAAGCAAGAGGGGUGGCAAGAUCAUUGUUGGUGAAUCUACAGAGAAAGAAACGGGCAAGAAGGCAGAUUCCAACCCCUUAACUGAGAUCCUGAAAUGCCCAACCAAAGUGGUCUUACUGAGGAACAUGGUUGGUGCUGGGGAGGUGGAUGAAGACCUUGAAGUUGAAACUAAGGAGGAAUGUGAGAAAUAUGGCAAGGUUGGGAAAUGUGUCAUCUUUGAGAUCCCUGGUGCCCCUGAUGAUGAAGCUGUAAGAAUAUUUUUAGAGUUUGAACGGGUUGAAUCUGCCAUCAAAGCUGUUGUGGAUCUAAAUGGAAGAUACUUUGGAGGCAGAGUGGUGAAGGCUUGUUUUUACAACCUGGACAAGUUCAGAGUGCUGGAUCUGGCAGAACAAGUUUGAUUUCAAAAAUCUAGCUCGGGUGUCAUUGUUUUGGCAAUCAGGUUUUCAGCAGUAGGCUGGGAAUAAAGAAGAGAAAAGUAGCUUUCCUGGCAGACUGGAAACAAGCCUCAUUGAAUGGAUUUUACACAUUCGUUGUCACUUAUGGUUUUUUGUAAUAUAAAGCCCUUUGAAAGUAAGAUUCACGUCUGUGUGGUUUUGAAUUGCACAUUCCUGCUUUCUGCUCUGGGGAUCCUGGUUUUUUUUUUUGAGCUUUCAGAUGACUUUGCUCUGUUGAAAACCCACUGCUGAGGAGAUGCUUUGUAUUCCUGCUUUCUUUGUUCUGCUUCAUCAUGGAGUCCCUGUGCUGGAUCCACAAUAAGUGUGAAGCUUUGGACAAGGACUGUGUGCUGUGAUCUGCUCUUCCCUGAUGGUCUCUCCUAGAGUUAGAGCCUUGCUCUCCUGAGUCCUCAUCUCUGCACACCAGUGAUUUGGGUCAUUGCACAGUAGCAGCUGGUUUGUUCUUCAGGACAAAGCUUCUGUGCCAGAAUGGAGACUGAAAUAACAAGGAUUGAGUCUGGCUUCACAGAGCAAAAGAAAAUCCAUGUCUAAUCCAGGGAAAUGGAGAAAGGGGGGAAUUAUUAAGACUCUUAGCAGGAGCUCUGUGCUGGAAUAUCCUGGGAUAACUGGUUGCAGGUCAUUAGUAGGGAGAAGGGAAACUCCUUCCUGUAUCUGGCCAGCUGUCAGAAUCUCAUUCUCUAACUCACACAUAGGCAACUGACUUUGUUUAACCAUUUGUUCUUUCUGUUUAUAUUUCUAUUUUUGAGGUCCAAUACCAUCAAGGUUAGGCUUUCUUUUGGGAAGGAGUGCUUGUGGAAGUUUUCAAAGUAGGAGGCCAUGGAGGGAAGUUCUCAUGAAAAUCUAAAGAGUUGACAAACCAAACUACUAAACACUACUACUCUUAGUUUUAACUUGAUGUGAAAUAGUACACAGCUCUUUCUGCUCCUGGUUUUAUGUUUGCCUUUUGUUUGGGAACAGUGUGUGACGAAGAGAUGCCAAGAGGGGACUCUGGAAUGGUGGAAGUUGUCUCUGUGCCCCAUUGCACCCAGAAUUGUGGAGAUACUGAGGUGGCUGUGAGCCCUGAGGGUGUUUUAGCUGUUCGAAAGUUGAUGCUGGAUGUUUUUUUCCUGUUACACACAUGGACUGGGGAGAGGGGGGACACACCUGUAGUUCAAUGCUGUGAAUAUCUCCAGUUCCUGCCCUUUUGUUGAGUUUUGGCUGCAGAUUUCUAUGACAAACCCUUGGCUCUUGUGUUUUGCUUAUUUUGUCUGCUUGUGUUCCACCAACCUCUGUACAAACAUUUGCUUGUAAAACAGAAUUUUUUAAAAAACCUGGUAUUUUA